AUAGUAAAUUUUGAAAGUUGAAAUUUUUUGAACUACUCCCCCUUUAAGUCACUUAAAAUCAUACCACAUAUAAAGCUUUGCUAUAUACUUAAUGUACUUUUAAUCAGAAUUUUGUUUUACAGAAUAUGCGGCUCCGUGUUGUGUCGGCCCCUGAUAAUAUUAGGAGGCUGGAUAUUUUGCAAAAACUCACUUCGGUUGAACAUUUGAAAACAAUUAUUCAAGAAAGGCUUUCUGAUUCAGUUUGAGGAUCCUGAGUUCGGAAAUGAACUCUGUAUCUUGACCAAUAUAACAGAGCUUCCACCAGAAAGAGCAGUGCUGAAGAUCACACAGAAAGUACCUGAAGAAUCAGAACUAGAGACCUCGAUUUCCUCUUUAGACACUGCCAGUAUGUCCUCCCCAUCUGAUAGCGCAAACCAGAGUUUCCCCUUUGUGUCUGUGAGACAGCAUGAAAUGUCUUGGUGGCCAUUUCAUUUUCCGAUGAACAAGUUCUCUUAUGAUGUUGAGUUGCGGCUUGAGAAAGGGAAUGACAAUUUUAAAGAAGUUGGAACACUGCUCACAGUACCAAGAGAAAUGAAAAUGGACAUCCUGGAUAGCAUAGCUCAGGCAAUAUUUUCAUUCAAAGCUUAUCCAAACUAUAAAAAGUUGGAGUCUGUGUCAGCUGCACUAAUUGAAAAGUAUCCAUGUCUGAAGGACCCAAGCUCAGGAACAGGUUAUCACAGCUGGACUAUGAGCAUCAAAUAUAACGUUGGGAACUACCUCCAGAAACUACGAACGGCAGGUUGCACUGAAGUCACUGUGAACCAAAAAAAAGUGAACAAUGACUCUAGAUGUUUAAAGAAAGCAAAGAGAUGUGAGGUAAACUUCCUCCCAGACAACCCAGAAGGGCAGACAGAUUGUUCCUUACAGAAGGAAAAUAUGUACUACAAGAGAAAAUGAAGAAGAAACAUUUCAGCAUGGCAAUUGUUGACUCCAAAAUGGAACUGACAUUCUCUCUAAGAAGGAACGAGAUAGUUAGUGAAGAACCUCUUGUGGCUGAAGUCCUAAAACAAUGGCCAGCACUGUUUUUGGAAGAUCAGGUCUGUGCCGAGUUUUACAGAAUUGCACAAAUCAACUUGAAAAGUACCUUUUUGUCUUCUUUGGAUGAAUAUGCACCAAAGAUGAUCAUGUUGUGCCGAUCAUGUGGUGGAACCUAUGGAGAUGAAAUGAAGACCCUCCUAGACCAACUUGACAAAGCUUCUGAUGUGCUUGCUCAAAGAAAAGCUACAGCUCUCGAAGGUCUACCUUUGUUUAUGAGGGAAAAUUCUGGAAACUUCCUGAAGACUUGCCUGAACUGCUCCAACAACAAACCCAGAAAGAACCAAAGGCCAGAAGAAUGACAUGUGGAAUUUCAUCAAUGAAGAUGGUUAUGUAACCUAUACUAAUACGCCUGAUAAAGAUGUUUUAGAUUUAAUUAAAAAGAAUUUUAAUAAACCAACAUUAAAACAUAAUAUAAAAUAUGAUGAAGGGGUUUUAGAUUUUACGAAAAAUAAUUCUAAUAAACCAUUAAGUGAUAGAAAAGUUUUAAAAGAUACAUUUUUGCAAAUUCUCAAACAAAAUCUUCAACUCUUUGAACCAACUCUCAAGUCUUUAAUGGAAAACAAAUAUAAUCAACAAGCAUUUGGUAUUUUAAAAAAGACAAACAAUGAAGUAAAUAAUGUGCAAUGUGAUUUAAUUACUGAAACAAAAGAAGAAGAAUGUAUGACCAAUGAGAUUGAAUUAAUCGGUCCCUUUGGUCGAAAGCGUAAAAAACACAGUGAGGAUCUCUUAAUUAAAAAACUUAAGGAAAGGAAAAAUAUUUCUGAAGUUUGGAUAUACACAACAAAUAGUCCUUGUUUAGGUAAAAAAUCUCAUUCCCCUGAAUCUCAUCAUCCCUGUUUGUAUAAUUUUAUCCAUUAUGCAAAAAAUCAUAACAUUAAAAUCUACAUCGGUUUCUCAAAAUAUUAUAUCUUUAGCAAAGACAUGUAUAAAUUUAUUAAAAAUCUGGAAGAAUUUAGAAACUGGAAUCCUGAUCAUCAAUUACAGGUUAAAUUCAAUAUUACAGAAUUCAAAUUUAAAGCAGCCCGUAAUAUAAUAAAGAACAUUAUUUCUGAAUAUUCAUCCUUAGAAAUGACACACAGCGAGUGGCAUCAGACAGGAUCAGAAACAUCAGUAAAGUUUGAGUCCACACUGAGAAAAGAGAUGAUGGAGAGCUCUGAUGAAGAGUUCAAUAAGAUUACAGAGGAGUUUAAGAUAUGGUGGACUCUAAGUGUAGAUGAAAAUCUAAACAGACAUGUACUCCCAUCCGUUUUUAAACACAUCCAGGGUCUUUAUCCUAAUCUAGAGUUUUUCCAGGUUGAUUUGGAGCAAAUCUUGAAUUUUGCUAAUGAGGAAUAAUUAGAAUAUAAUUGG